ACUUUAAUGUAUAAUCAAGAUUGUCUUUUUUGUCUAAUUUGAAACUUACAUCUAAUAAUUGAAGGAUUCUCAUCAUCUCCAUUAUCACCAAGCAUUUUCAUCAUCAUCGUCAUUUGCUUGAUUAGUUAAUGUUGUUGACCUGAAUUUACAUUAACUUUAAUUUGAUUGAAAAUCUUUCACCAUCAUCACCAUUUUGUUGAUCAUUUAAUAUCUUAUUUUUUCAGUGAUUUACCAACAAACUGAUCAGAACAACAAAAACAACAAAACAACAAUUCACUUGAUAAUCAGCUUGAUUUUGUUUCUCUCUCUCUCUCUCUCUUCAUCUCUCUUUCCUUUCUAUCCUUCUACUCUCUCUCUCUCCUUUGUCAUCCAGAUCUCUUUCUCUCUCUCUCUCAAAAAUCAACAACAAACGAGCUCAAUAAUCAUAUUCAUUUUUUUACCUUCUUUGUUUGUAACAAUCUCUUUCUUUUCUUUAAUAUAUCCUUCAGUGUCUUUCUAUUUUCUCUUUCUAUUUUCUUCUCUCUCUCUCUCGUAUCUGUUUAUUUUCUUUGUUGUAUUAUUGUUCCUCUGUCUAUUUCCUCUUUCUCUCUGUCUUCAUCAAAAUUUCUUCUCUCUUUCCUCUCCAAAGAUAAAGGAACCUCAACACAACAACAACAACAUCAACAACCUCAAUUUGACACCACAACAGACAAUCACAUCAACGGAACUUUAAUAUUUUAGAAACAAUUUAAACCUCAACAUCAUCUUAAUCUUACAUGAUCAUCUUUUCCUUUAAUCGUCAUUACGGUUUUUAAUUCGUGUUGAUUGUUAAAUUGAUUCUCUCUCUCUCUCUCUUACAUUGGUGAUUUUCUUUUCUUUUCUUUUCAUAUCUCUUUUUUCAUUGUUUCUUUUGUAAUUUAUUUAUGUGAUAAAUCUCAAGAUGGGCAAUUGCCUUAAAUCAGCAGCAUCGAUUGAUGAUCUCGCUCUAUUACGGGAAGGUUCAGGCUCUGGGCGUUUGGAACAAACCAAUUCUUCUGAACAAUUAGGUCCACCACCAUCAUAUCAUGAAACGAUGCAAGUUCAUCAUCAAUUAACAUCCAACAACCAUCCAUCAUCAACCCUCCAUUCUCAUCAAUCACAUGCCCAUUCACAAUCAAUGUCUUUACCCGUUUUCUAUCCAUCGCCCAAUGUAAGUCGACCUGCAUCCCAAUUAUCCGAAGAAGAGCAAAUUAAAAUCGCCCAACGAAUUGGUUUAAUUCAACAUUUACCAAUAGGACUUUAUGAUGGAAGUAAAAAGAAUCGAGAGUGUGCAAUAUGUAUGUGCGAGUUUGUAAUCAAUGAUUCAAUACGAUUUCUACCCUGUAUGCAUAUUUAUCAUUCGAAGUGUAUUGAUGAUUGGCUAAUGAGAUCCUUCACAUGUCCUUCUUGUAUGGAACCCGUUGAUGCAGCUCUUUUGUCAACCUAUCAGACAGAAUGAUUGUAAUCUCGAUAAUCAAGGAUGGCCACUGACACUGACAUACACACACUCACACACUCACAAAACUACAAUCAGAAAAAAAGUAUUUGGUUAAAAGACAAUGGAAAAGUCUGUUGUUAUUAAAAGGAUCUCUUUCUCGUUGGGAUGUUAUGGUUUUUGCUUCCUGGUAAAAUCUUUCUCUCUCAAUCUUUUUCUCUCUCGCAUCUUUGUUGUCAUCAUCCUCCAUUUUCUCAUCUCCAUUUCUCCUGCUGAGACAAAGACCCAGGCAAUAAAACUUGUAGGAGUCGAUAAAGGAAUCAAAAAGAAGAGCUGAAAGAUUGAGGAAAUCGGCGACUUUUGUUUAUCUCUAUUACUUUUUAAAUAUGUUGACGACAUUGGUGGACAAUUAAAUAGCCUUGUGAAUGACAUGAGAGCAGAGCAACGGAAAAUGAUGGAAACCAGGAUUGGAAAUCGUUUAACCAAAGUGAAAGGUCAUCUGUAAGAUGUUUGUUUAUGGUCAACAUUCAAAUCCAAUUAACCAAUCAAACGUAUCAUCACAAAACAAAAAAUCAACAUCCAAUUCAAAUCAUUCAACAGCAACAACAAAAAGAAACUGUUGAAAGUCAUUUCUACUUCUGCUCUUGGUUUUCAAUUAUGAUGGAGAUUACAAAUCAUUGAUACAAUGAUAAACUGUCACCACACUAAUUAGAUAACCAGAUUGACUUUAUUUUACCAUGAAAGAGGAAACUGAAUGAUGGCAUUAACACCAAGUUUCGUGUCUUGUUUAACAUACAACAAAAA